CUGAGCCCAGAAAGAGACAGGCUUAAAGGCAGUGAAAGAGAUAGCAAGUAGCCCCGGCGACAAUCACACAGUCUGCCAAACCGACUGCGGCAAGCCACAGAGAUUUAUUGAAUGAGAUACCCGGAGUACAAGGCAUAAACGUCAAUGACCACAUCAGCUGGUAGCCUGAGGCAGCGUUUUUAUUAGGCAAACGCCCCACAUAAAUUAGUAAUCAAGCAACGCGACUCGAGGCGAAACUUAUAAGAGGGCUCUAUUUUUAUUGAAAUUAUGAUUAAUGACAAGAGUGUCGAAGUAAAACGCGGCACGGUGGCGUAUACGCAAUGAUGCUGAGGCUCGAGGAGGCGAUUAUGCUGGGCAGCAGGUCAGCACUGGGUUGCUCAUACGCCGCGUUAGCCCGCUGCCACCAUUGAAAGACUGCGGAUGGCUUUAUCUGGACAGGACUGGCGGCGCCAUCAGAGCCACCGCCAGCACAGAAACCACAGAGCCCAGGGAAACCACCAGAAACUGAUCUCCACCGCCACGCUGACUCUGUUCGUGCUCUUUCUGAGCAGCUGGAUAGCCUAUGCGGCGGGCAAGGCCACCGUUCCCGCUCCGCUCGUGGAAGGCGAGACGGAGUCGUCCUCCUUGCAGGACUUCAACAGCAGUAGCGCCUUCCUGGGGGCCAUAGCCUCGGCCUCGUCGUCGGGAUCGGGAUCGGGCUCGGGCUCGGGCUCGGGCUCGGGAUCCUAUAGCCUGCCCUCGAUGAACAGCAGCCCCAUUGCCAUAGUCUCGUAUCAAGGCAUCACCAGCAGCAACGUGGGCGACAGCAAUACGACUUUGGUGCCCCUAUCGGACACUCCAUUGCUCCUGGAGGAAUUCGCAGCCGGAGAGUUUGUACUGCCCCCGCUGACGUCCAUCUUCGUGAGCAUCGUGCUGCUAAUCGUGAUCCUGGGCACGGUGGUGGGCAACGUUCUGGUCUGCAUAGCCGUUUGCAUGGUGCGCAAGCUGAGGAGACCGUGCAACUACCUUUUGGUGUCCCUGGCCCUCUCGGAUCUCUGUGUGGCACUUCUGGUGAUGCCCAUGGCCUUGCUUUACGAAGUGCUGGAGAAGUGGAACUUUGGUCCGCUGCUCUGCGACAUCUGGGUGUCCUUCGAUGUGCUGUGCUGCACGGCCUCGAUCCUGAAUCUGUGUGCCAUAUCCGUGGAUCGAUACCUGGCCAUCACGAAACCCCUGGAGUACGGGGUGAAGAGGACUCCUCGGCGAAUGAUGCUGUGCGUGGGCAUCGUCUGGCUGGCGGCCGCCUGCAUCUCAUUGCCUCCUCUGCUGAUCCUGGGCAACGAGCACGAGGACGAGGAGGGCCAGCCCAUCUGCACGGUGUGCCAGAACUUCGCAUAUCAGAUCUACGCCACGCUGGGCUCAUUUUACAUACCACUGUCGGUGAUGCUGUUUGUGUACUACCAGAUCUUCAGGGCGGCGAGGCGGAUUGUCCUGGAAGAGAAACGCGCACAGACGCAUUUGCAGCAGGCUCUCAAUGGCACGGGAUCGCCGUCGGCACCGCAGGCUCCGUCCUUGGGCCACACCGAGUUGGCCAGCUCGGGAAAUGGCCAGAGGCACAGCAGCGUGGGCAACACUUCGCUCACCUACUCCACCUGUGGUGGGCUGAGCAGCGGAGGAGGAGCACUCGCAGGACAUGGCAGUGGGGGUGGCGUGAGUGGUUCGACUGGACUCCUGGGCUCUCCGCAUCACAAGAAGCUGCGGUUUCAGCUGGCCAAGGAGAAGAAGGCCUCCACCACUCUGGGCAUCAUCAUGUCGGCCUUUACCGUCUGCUGGCUGCCCUUCUUCAUCCUGGCCCUGAUUCGUCCUUUCGAGACAAUGCACGUGCCGGCAUCGCUCUCGUCCCUAUUCCUCUGGCUGGGCUAUGCCAACUCCCUGCUGAACCCUAUUAUCUAUGCCACCUUGAACAGGGAUUUCCGCAAACCCUUCCAGGAGAUCCUCUACUUCCGCUGCUCCAGUCUGAACACCAUGAUGCGGGAGAACUACUACCAGGAUCAGUACGGCGAGCCUCCCUCGCAGCGAGUGAUGCUGGGCGAUGAGAGGCACGGGGCGAGGGAGAGCUUUCUCUAGGCCCAUCCACGAGGACCUGCAUCCCGGAGAAUCUGAGCUGCUCGAAGGGUCUUCCCCAGGUUUCCGGAAGAAGGCGACUCCUCUGCUCGACACACUCACACACUUAGGUAUACACACUGGGGUGUACUUCUUAAGCGACUAGAAAAUUUAAAGUCUUUAGUGGGAAAAGUAGGCUCUGAGAUGUUUAAGGUACCGUGUCGGUAUAGUUUAUUUAGCAGAAAUAAUCAUUUAAUAUUAUUUGUAUCUGUGAGUUCGAUUAGGUCCGUUGAGUGUCUAUAAAUUAAUUUUGCAUUUCAUUUAAAGAUGUCUUGAAAAGGGUUACAUUGAUUAUAGACCCGUUGACUCACCAGAAAACGUACGGAAAACAGAGCAAAUAUUACCUUUCCCCGCAUAUUGCCACCCCAGUACACACACAUGGAUAUUUGUAUGUAGUAGUGCUAGUAGUGCGUAUCUCUGUAUAUGUGCACCCCCUGAAACUUGCAGCAAAGUGCGAAUUGUAGACGACUCCUCUAAAUGUAACUUGUUGUUGUAAUUUUAAAUGUAGAACUAAGCAAUCGACGUGGUACGUGCCACACACACAAUCACACUCACCAACCCAAUCACACACACACAAACACACACACACGGUUGUAACUGUGACAGGUUUCUACGGUUCCUUUUAUGUUUCGAAAACAAUCAGCACCGGAUAUGAGACACAAUCGUUAUCGAAUCUAUUGAUACCUCCCAAAACGAGAAAGAUCCCACAAUCCCCAUCCCAAAUUUUGCCAGCGUAGUUAGUUUAUUUGCGAUACUCAAACUGAGCCAAAAAUUAAAUUUACAAACUGCAGAUUGCAGCCAAAUUAAGCCUACUGAUUAACCUAGAUAUAUUUACGUUUGAGCAAGAAGCUAUCCACUGUAAAUACCCAGCCACCUGCGGCUCUGUCUAUAAAGAUAUAUAUUAUAUAAACAUAUAGAAAAGGUAGCCUAUAUAUAUAUGUAUACACUGUGCGGCUCAGGCUGCAGCUCAAGUGAGAAGAACUAAAUUGUAUUUUGUAACUUUCUGCAUUAGUCUUUUGUUGUAUUUUGUAUGAAAAGUCACGCCUCUCUGUGAUACCAAACAUUAAGCAUUACUUUUAUGUUUAGAUCGAAGCUGCAUCAGACGUAAUACAGACAUACCUAUACAUAUAGAUCUAGUCAACUAAGUGUGCAUGUUUUUAUUGUAUGUGUAUGUAGCACUGCGAGAAGUGCAUUAUGAUAUUCGCAACAAACAACCAACCAAAAACAAUGGAAACUGAGCUAUUCGUAACUUGAUGAGAUAAACUAUCAAACUAUUUACAUAACCCACACGCAUAUACUCCCUCACACCCACGAAACUAAAGUGAAAUGGAAAAUUGAAAACGGCAAUCGGAUAAUGAAAAUGAAAAUGAAAAACAAACAAGGGCAAGCGAGCAUGACAAACUAAGCGCAGCUAAUUAUACGCAACCGAACUAAAGUUCAUUAAAAAAAACAAACAUCAAAUAUUAUAAUUAAAAACAAAAACCAAGUAAUUGAGAAUACAAACAAAUAAAACUAACAUCACUUUUCGAGUGAAGCUUACAAAACUGCAUUUGAAAACUGUUUUCCCAACAACAAACUUGCGGAAAUUAAGGCAUCAAAUAAAAGGCAACCGUAUCAAUGUAAUUCA